GUUGGUCCCGGUUACUACUUACUGAUGUAAGUAAGUAGUCGUUACAUGAGCCAUGUCAGGGGCAUUUGGCGGCCCAAUAAUAACCCUGACACCAGGGUUGAUGAGGUUGGUAAUUCACCUUACAACCCACACGAUAGAAGAAGGUACCUAUUUAAAUAAAUAAAAAUAUAUUAUAUAUCCUUCCACUUCCAGAACUACCAGGUUAGAAAAGCUGAUGAGCCUGCACCAAGGCGUAGGCCUAAGAAGCUGUUCAUCCCUCGACGGAAGCCGACCAUCAUCAUCCCACCACGGAAACCAGUCUACAUAACUCCAGACAAGACUGUCUGUGUGGAGUGCACUUGCUUCCCCAAAGAGGACCCCUACGUCAGACCCAAAAAGCUGAAUCCCUGUCAGAAGUCGCCACUAACCCUGUACGAGCUGACGGCCAGGAUUGUGGACAACUUGAAGUUCCCACCAGCGUUCAUGUGGACCAUCGAACAAGUGGCUGAUUGGAUGGAGAAUGACGUUGGUUUACCAGAGUACAGAAGCUGUAUUCUGGACAACUUCAUCAACGGCAGAAGACUUUUGAUGCUUGAGGAUCCAUCACACAUGCCAGAAAUUAAUAUACAUAGUUUGGACCACAUAAAGAUGAUAACCUCAAAAGUGCGCGAGACCUUCAGCACAGACUUCGUCUUGUUCUGCCGAUCUAUAGGGCUGCCCCCGCGCAAGCCCCUCACACAUUGCACCUGGUUUAAGUCCCGCACAGGACCCACUUGGGGCAUCAGACAGAAUUGGGCCAGAUGUGAUAUUCUACGUUGGAUGAAGAUCAUAAUGCCAGAACCCAUCUACUUAGAUCACUGGGAUUUGGUAUGGUACAUGAAGCCAGAUUUCCCUAAAGUCCUCUUCGGCAAGAUACCGAGAAGAACCACGUUCGAACAUAUCCCUCACUAUGUGAAACCUGGUCGUGAGGUCUGCAAGGAGUACACGGCCUCGAGAAAAUUUCGCCUCCACAAAGAGCUGUCAGAAGAAACGCAACAGAUAUGGAUGGAACAUCGGGAGGGGUCGCCCGUGCCCAAGGAGGAUGAGCAGGCGAAACAGAGAAAGAAAUCGAAGGAGAAGAUGAGGAGGAAACCCACUGUGCCCAAGAAGAGUAGGCUCGAUCGACCGACGGUCUGUCUAGAAGGUCUGGUCGGUAUACAGCUCGUCCUAGCCAGGAGGAAAAUGCCAAAGAAGAAAUUUUUGGUUUUUGACCAUUGAUAUUGAUAACCAUACUUUUUAUUUCGCUGCAGUCGGAUAAUGAAAAUAUUCUUCCAUUUUGUUAUUCGUAUUAUGCAU